UGUGCGCGCCCGUAGUGUGCAUCAUUGCACCUGAUCUUUUAUAUUUUUGUUUUGAUAUUUUCCGGCACACGUUUCUAAUCCCCUAAACAAAAACAAAACACUCUGUUAGUUUGUCUUCUUAAUUUACUCGUUAGAACUUGAAGACUUAAGUUAAUUAACCUGAGCUUCAGAAGAUUCCACUAAUUUGACCAUCCCCAAUGGCGGCGAACCGAGUGGGGCGGCGGGUCAACAAGGUGUGCAACCACCAGUCACCCAACCGGACCCGCGGCGGCGGAGAGCGUGAGCCGGGCGGCCACAGUCUGCAGCGGCGCCAGGCUCGAGUCACCGUCAAGUACAACCGCAAGGAGCUCCAGAGGAGGUUGGACGUGGAGAAGUGGAUAGACUGCGGCCUGGACGAGCUCUACGCGGGCAGGGAGGAGGACAUGCCAGAGGAGGUGAACAUUGACGAUCUACUAGACUUGAAGACAGAUGCUGAGAGGAGGCAACGACUGCAGGAGAUUCUUCAGUCUUGCAACAACAACACAGAGGCGUUUAUCAGCGACCUGGUGGCCAAACUUCACGGCCUCCAGAAGCAGGAGGAGCUGCACAACGAUGGUAUCGACCUACCGCAGCUACACAUAUACCCCGCCCGGACCGGAUCGGGUGACAGGGAUGUGCUGCACUGAGGCAGUGAGCAAACCGCUUAAGUUAACCCUGGGACCUGGACUGUAAAACAAGCACACCCGAAGCCCGCACACACCCACAUCCCAGUGUUUUGAGUCUGAACAUCCAACAGAACAAAUGCUCCCUCAAAAUACAGUGGUAUGAAAAAGUAUCUGAACCUUUUGGAAUUUGUCACAUUUCUGCAUAAAAUCCCCAUCAAAUGUGAUCUGAUCUUUGUCAAAAUCACACAGAUGAUAACAGUGUCUGCUUUGACUAAAAGCACCCAAACAUUUAUAGGUUUUCAUAUUUUGAUGAGGACAGUAUACAAACAAUGACGGAAGGGGGGGGGGUAAGUAAGUGAACCAUCACAUUUAAUAUUUUGGUUUUGUAAAUUGUUUGGUAAAAAUUGGUUCCAAUUGCUCUUUAAGUCUCCUUAGGCCAGUACUUCUCAAAUAGUGGGGCGUAUUAUCCUGAUGAGUAAAUGUUGCUAAUCAAUUUGAAUUUAUUAUUAUUUAUUGAUUUUAAUAGAUUUUAAUUUUCAGUAUCAAACGGUCAAACUAUGUAACUUGACUGUAUUUUUACAGUAUGGAUGUGUUUUUUUUUUUUGUUUUUUUUACACUUUAUUGAAAAUUGAUCUACUGGACUGUCUCAGGAAAUUAGAAUACACAAUAUUCUAAUUUUUUGAGACAGUCCUGUGUAUAUAUACAGGACUGUCUCAGGAAAUUAGAAUACACAAUAUUCUAAUUUCCUGAGACAGUCAGUAUAUUACUUUUUUCUUUUAUUAUUAAAAAGAACGCAAUGUUAUGCAGAGGUGUAUUUAUAAUAAUAGGAAUUUUAUAUACAAAUGAUACUAUAGUAUAUUUAUGGAGGCGGCAGAGAGUUGGGGGGGCACGGAACGUGUACGUCUUCCCGUGGGGGGCAUAACAGAAAAGAAAUGAGAAGCUCUGCCUCAGGCAGAGGGUUCACUUAUUUAUUUUCCCUCUUCUGUCAUUGUUUUCAUGCUAUCCUCAUCAAAAUAUGAAAACCUAUAAAUGUUUGGGUGGUUUUAGUUAAAGCAACACACAGUUUUUACAUCUGUGUGAUUUUGACAAAGAUCAGAUCACAUUUGAUGGUGAUUUUAUGCAGAAAUGUGAGAAAUUUCAAAAGGUUCUGAUACUUUUUCAUACCACUGUACAUCCAACCAGAACCUCAAAGCACAACAGGAAGUGGACCAUCUGAACUUUCAUGAUGUUCAAGAAGUAUUGAUUUUGUUUGACAAGGAAUCUUGUCAGUCAUCAUUUAAUUUAUUAAUUUUGCAGGUUUCAUUUCCUGUUGUCACUAACACGCACCUGUUUUCAUUGUAAAUGUGAUAUCGCACAUAUCUUGUUUAAUAUUAUGCAAACACAAGCAUAAGCAACACAUGUACUUACACAUUUACAACACACUUACAUAAUGCAUGCAGACUAUACGAAGCACACAAUGCAAUACAUAACCCACACAAGAAAUUAUGCAUAACACGUGCACUCCAGGUCAAAAGUUUUAAGACACUUUCUCAUCCUACUGAAUGUGAAGUGUCUCAAAACCGUUGACCACAGGUGUACGCAUAAUUACAAAAUACAACACAUAAUUGACGACACACGUUAUCCAUGUUCAAAAUAGACACAUACACGUGCAGUACACACAGACACGUACUGUAAUACACAUAAACAACAAAAGAUACAUAUUAAAACAAAUACACAAAUUACUUUUGUGAUGUCUGAAUUUUCAAGUGUUUGUACUUGAUUUAAAAUAAAAACAUAUUUUACUUUGAAAGGAUUCCCCAUUUUCACUUUCUACCUGCUGUGUUCAAAACAGAAAGUGAAUUGCAAGAACUAGAGAAGCACUCUUGAGAGAGCAGAUUUCUGCCUAAGCAGCCACAUUCAAAGCAUCACCAUAUUUCUGACCAAUGUGACCUUUGACUCUUUCUCGUGUCAUCAUAUCA